AAACAAUUUCGUGCAAUUAGGGCGCGCGCACGUCACUGAUAAUGUUCCGACAAUAUUCGCAACCAGCGCCAAGCAAAGCCGGAGCAUUUUUACUCUUAAAACAGGUGCAGCCGACCAAUUCCCGAGUCUGGAAAGAAAGUGAAGUGCAAAGUAUCACGUCGGAGGGUUGAUAGGAGAAACAUGACUCUACUCUGUGGAGGAUUCCCCUGAUCAUGUGACCAGCAUCCAGCCAAUGAGAGACAAUGACCCUGUCCCACCUUGUGUAGAGGGAGCCCCAGCAGUACUCUAACUAUCCCUUUCUCAAGUUCAUCGUCUCUGUCAAUACCAUUACUCCAGAUAAGCACUUGUCUGUAGCCAGCGUGCAUGCAGUAGUAGCAGCUCCCAAACAAGCAAAGGUGCUAGCAGGAUUAAUGCGAAGCGCGGCGCCGCAAUUAGCGUGAGUCACGUCAAGCACAUUUCCUCAUUCAUCAGCUACCGCCUGAAGAGAACACUUCCUCACACUAAUGACUUUUCUAAAGCAGUAUAGACGGCUCUACGGGAUACCAAGUACUAUCAAAAUUCAAAAGUACUAGCUUUUUUUCAUGGACUCUUCUAACAACAUAUUUGAUUGAUUAUCCACUGGUUUCAAUUUUAAUAUAAAAUAUUUUUCCCGUGCAAAAAAGCACUUAAUUUUCAUGCUAUGCACACAGACAGGAAUAUUUGGAGGUAUUAUUAGUCUAGUACCGGGAGAUCGGCUUUAGUGAUAUUAGGUAUAAAGCUCCAACCUAUUUCCUGUUGAAUAAAAUAUAGGGGAAAGGAAAGGGAAAGCCUGGAUAUGAUAACUGCCAACGUGCGGAUGAAGUGAUUGAUGGUUACAGUGCAAAUCCCCUUUGGAUAUUAAGGAAUACAUCCUCUGUAUGCAAAGCUUUGUGGAUUCCUCAAGCACUUCUCUCCUCUCCUGCAAGAAGAACAUCCAAUAUCAAAGGUGUUUAGUAGCACUUCAAUUGGAAGUGUAGAGUUUGUAAUAAACCAAUAUCUUGGAAUCCUCCCCCGUCAAAUACAGCUGGGCGAUAAAUCUCACUGGAUCUGUUUGUUGCUUCUGUGCAAGGAACAUCCUGGAUCAUGCCAUUCUAGCGACUUUGAUACAUGUAUGUGUCAUUACUCAAAAGCCUCAAAGUGUUGUCAAAACAAGGAAAUUGAUAAAAUUUAAGAGAAAUCGGAUCCUGAAUAUUUUUUUACUUCCCUUAAAGUGUACAUGUACCUGUACAAAUAUAAAAUAUAUACAUGUACGGAGUGGAAUUCUGAAGAAAUCAAAUAGAACACUGUCCUCCGCUGCAAACAUCAUCCUGGAAUAUGCAAACCUUGUGACAUUCUUGGAUCCUCUAGGAAGUGUCUCCAGGAGCCGUAGCAACAGGCCGUCAGUAGGAUUGUGUGUUUGAGGAAACAUGGCCAGGAGACUGGUGUAUUGCAAGGUGGUUCUAGCCACCUCCAUGGUCUGGUUCCUCUUGGAUGUCAUGUUGAUUAUGUACUACAGCGAAUGCAACAGCGAUUCCAGGUGUAACAACCAAGCCUUAGACCAUGGUGUGCCAAGAGAAUUAGAGGGAGGGCAUGAACACGCCCCUCCCAGGCACCAACCCGCCAGACCCCGGCACGAUCCCAACGGGCCGGGCGAGAUGGGUAAAGCGGUUAUCAUACCGCAGGAUAAGGAGUCCCUAAAAAACGAGAUGUUUCGGAUAAACCAGUUCAACUUGUUAGCUAGCGAUAUGAUUUCAGUGAAUCGAACGCUGCCUGAUGUACGAAUGGAUGGAUGUAAAAGAAAGCGCUAUCCACCAGCCUCUGAACUCCCAAGCACCAGUAUUGUCAUCGUCUUUCACAACGAAGCGUGGAGCACGCUGUUACGAAGCAUCCACAGUAUCAUCAAUCGCUCACCGCGGGAACUCCUCACGGAGAUAAUACUCGUUGACGACGCCAGCGAAAGAGACUUUCUCGGACAGCAGCUCGAGGAUUAUGUUAAAAAAUUAUCAGUCCCCGUCCGUGUGGAAAGGAUGGGGACGAGGAGCGGUCUGAUACGGGCGCGGCUGAGAGGGGCUUCGGUCGCUAAGGGUCAAGUGUUAACUUUCCUUGAUGCUCAUAUAGAGUGCACGGAGGGUUGGUUAGAACCGCUGAUGACAAGGAUUAAAGAUGAUAAGAGGAACGUAGUGUGUCCAAUCAUCGAUGUCAUCAGCGACGAUAACUUUGCCUUCCAUACGGGUUCUGAUAUGACCUACGGUGGUUUUAAUUGGAAGUUACAGUUCCGCUGGUAUCCCGUACCGCAGAGGGAGGUAGACAGGAGAGGCGGAGACAGGACGUUACCCCUCAGAUCGCCAACGAUGGCAGGGGGCUUAUUCUCUAUCGACAAAAGCUAUUUUGAGGAGAUUGGAACAUACGAUGCGGGCAUGGACGUCUGGGGUGGCGAGAACCUUGAAAUUUCAUUUAGGAUAUGGAUGUGCGGAGGAACUUUAGAGAUUGUCACCUGUUCACACGUUGGUCACGUCUUCAGAAAAUCAACGCCAUACACCUUCCCGGGCGGAACGGGGCGAAUCAUAAAUCGUAACAAUCAGAGAUUAGCAGAAGUCUGGAUGGAUAAUUAUAGGAAUUUCUAUUACAGAAUAUCACCUGGUGUGCGGAAAACAGAAUAUGGUGAUGUUACACAAAGAAAAAAGCUGCGAGACAGGUUAAAGUGCCACACUUUUGAGUGGUAUCUAGAAAAUGUAUACCCAGAGUCCCAGUUUAGAUUGGACUUUAAAACUAUAGGAGAGAUCCGUAAUAUAGAAACUCAUAAGUGCCUAGAUAAUAUGGGGAGGAAGGAGAACGAGAAGGUGGGAAUCUUCUCAUGCCAUGGUCAAGGGGGUAACCAGAUAUUUGCCCUCACUAAACAGAAUGAGAUCAAGCAUGAUGAUCUAUGUUUAGAUGCCUCAGCCAAUUCUCAUUAUAAAGACGUUGUUAUGAUUAAAUGCCAUGGUAAACAUGGCAACCAGGAGUGGCUUUAUAAAGAAGAUGCCAAAUCUUUUGUCCACAGUCCCAGUGGGUUAUGUUUAGAAAAAGCCAGUGGCGGGAAGGACACGCCCAGCGUCGCCAAGUGCAAUGGGUCACCGGGGCAACAGUGGGAGUUGAUUGACAUCUCCAUGACGUCUGGGCGGUAGCCCCGCCUACUCUCAGCUCUUGGAGAAAGAGUUGAAUGAACUUUUCUUGCCUUUGAGGAUCAACAGGUUCCCAUAACACAAAGGAUAGCAAUUAAUCGUAAACUUGAUUUUCACGAUUACUUGUACACUGUAGUCAAUGCAAUCAAUCAGAGAAAAAUCUUCUAAAUCUUUGUGUUAUGGGCCCCUGUAGUUAUAUUCGAAUCUGUGAGUCCAGUAACUGACUAAUCUAUGUACUACACGUGACUAGAAGUGAGAGGACACCAUAGACUUAUGCAUUUGACGUCAUGACGUAACGUAAUAGCGCCCUCCCUCAGAGGAUAUAGGAGUGUACAUAAACAUUGUUGUCAGAGAUGCGCCAGCUGCAGAUCACCAACGAACGUGAGACAGUGGCUUUGGCUUUUAUGAGAUGACAAUAACGCAUUAAUUGUCUAUGGGUUACUGGGACCUGUAUGGACUGAUUCCGCCCACCUGAUAGCAAGGAGAGAUGCUCUCCGAUCCUUUUUCUAUUCAUAGCACAGGAAAUAAUUGGGAUGAUGUACUGAUAAAUGAUCUCAGCCUCGUGGAGUUGGUUUUUAUUGUGUCUUGUAGGAAUAACAAUGAUUAGAAUUAAGAUGAGAGAAAUGGAUCCAUUACUUACAGGAAAGUAUGGUCCAUGCCCAAAGCCUUUGGGAACUAACAGUAGUAGGUAAUGGGUUAAGCAGAAGGUAAUGGGUUAAGCUAUUGAUUACAGAAUUCUGUAAUCAACAGCUUAACCCAUUACCUACUGGAACCAUAUGGUCCUUUUAAAAAGCCAACGGGAGCUACAGAAUUCUGUAAUCAGCAGCUUAACCCAUUGCCUUUUGGAACCAUAUGGUCCUUUUAAAAAGCCUAUGGGAACUACAGAAUUCUGUAAUCAAAAGCUUAAUCCAUUGACCUCUGGAACCAUAUGGUCCUUUUAAAAAGCCAAUGGGAACUACAGAAUUCUGUAAUCAACAGCUUAACCCAUUGACCCCUGGAACCAUAUGGUUCCUGUAUAAAUCCUAUGAAAAUAGAAUUCAUUAGUGUACAGGUUAACCCACUGCCAACUCGACCAGUAGCCAAUGGGUUGAUGAUCUGACACAUGAUGUUAUUAAUGUUCUGUUACUAUAGAAGUCAUUGAUAAAGAAGGGAUAAUCAUGAAGAUUUUGUAAUAAUUCAUGAUUUUCGUCAACUCUCAUGAAUUUUUUCUAUCUGUCCUUGUCCAUUUAAUUACUUUCAUUUGUCUUUUGAGAAUCGAUUGAUCAUCAUUAUAACCAUUUUGGUUGAUUUUUUCAUGACCUUUCUUGUUUUAUAUAAGUAUUUUGCAUCAUUGUUUGUGGGAGAUGAAUAGAGUACUAUAAAAUCACCUCAAACCUUGAUAGGCUGAUUUUUUUUAUACAUUAAGUAAUGCAACUAAUCCUACCUAAUUCAUCCUCAAUAUCAAUCGCUAAGGUUUAUGUUUAUACAGGUUUCAGGGCUCUGAUUGAUAGUUAUUGAUUGAUUGUGCUGUCCGUUUGUACCACGGAUAGGAAAUAAUAGCGACUUUCCGCACUUACUUGGAGGAAACUCUCAACAACGCACCGUUUUCUUUGAAAAUGCAAUUAAAAUCAAAAUGGGAGAUCUGAAAGGCUUUCGUUGAAAGUUGGUGGACUGGGCCAGCAGAUCGUCAAAGAAUUGCACCGGACGAACAAUUGCAAAUAUGUCGUUGUCCCGAGUCAAGAGAUUCCGAUGCUGACCCGGUCCACCAACUUUCGACAAGAGCCUAUCAGCUCUCCAUUGUGAUAUGACUUGCAGUUGCAAAGGAAUUGGUGGAAUUGUAGAGAGUAUUCCCGACGUACAUGUAAAUGCGGAAAGUCCGGAAUCAAGAGAUCGUUCAGUCCCGCAAUGGAUCCGGAAGCGUUUUAUGAGACCCAGAUAAGAAAUCUCCUUUUAGGAUGUUAUCUGAUGAGAAUAAUGU